CGCGCUUUUUAAAGUGGCGCCAUUUAAAGAUUGAUAUCGCGCAUGGCCAGCGAGGCGCUGUUUCCUUCUCGUGAACGUCACGUUCGAGACGAGUGUUAUGGUUCGAUCGUCUCACGUGACGCACUUCAUGAAAAAUGGUGUGAAGUUGGCAGGAAGAUGGCUGAUCAGAAUUACGAAAGAGUGGACAGUCCCUCGCGGGGAUACCGCUUCCCAUUCCCUCGCAGAACUACAUUACUUCUCAUUUCUUCGUUCACCGAAGUCAACGAAACAUAGCACUAUGAUGUACGAUAUCAAGUGGAUCAUACCUAAACUUCGAACUCCAACAAGAUUAUGGAACAUAGCAAGCAGCAUAACCUUCGCCGCUGUUGGAAUAUUCUCAAAGAUUCUAAUAGAAUGGCUGAAUAAAGCAUUGGUGUACAACAAACAUAUCAUUACCCGGGCCUUAGAUGAACGACCAAAAAAUGUUCCUCUUAUAACUGUCUCGAAUCAUCACAGUUGUUUCGACGAUCCUGGAAUAUGGGCCACACUGGACCUGAGACAUUUGCUGAAUCGUCGAAAGAUGAGGUGGUCCCUCGCCGCACAUGACAUUUGUUUCACGAAUGUUUGGCAUUCCUACUUCUUUAUGCUUGGCAAGUGCAUACCUAUUAUACGAGGCCAUGGUGUUUAUCAGGAAGCUAUUGACUUCUGCAUCGAAAAGCUGACUUCUGGGGAUUGGAUCCACGUGUUUCCUGAAGGAAAAGUCAACAUGUUUAAAGACAAUAUGAGGUUGAAGUGGGGUAUUGGAAGAUUGAUAUUAGAAUCGCCUGUUACACCGCUAGUGAUUCCUAUAUGUCAUCUUGGCAUGGAUCAAGUGCUUCCUAACGAGCCGCCUUACAUGUUUAAAACGCGAAAAAAGGUUACCAUGAAUUAUGGUGAACCUAUAGAUUUUAGUGAGUUGUUGAAGAAUUUAAAAAAAGCUAAAGCCACAGAAGUAGAAGCCAGAAAAGCUAUCACUGAUCAUAUUCAGGAAGAACUUCUCAGAUUAAAGACAGCAACGGAAAAGCUUCAUGAAAAAUUAUGACAGCAAAUUAAAUUUCACAGAUAAUUUUUUCCUAGCAUUAAUUGUCAUUCGCCAAUACAAAGAUGGAAAAAUAUUGGUAAAGAUAUACAGUUUAAAUUUUACAUAUCGUUUUAAAGGUAUUAACGAAAUACAAAAUUGGAAAAAAUCAUUAAUUAGUAAUUACAUAAUUUUACAUUAUUUCUUUGUUUUUUUUUUUUUUUUUUUUUGAAACUGAAUUUGUUGAAAAAUAUGUAUCUAUAUAGAAAAUAUGUAUGAUAUUUAUCAAUGUAAAUUGUAAUUUAUUUUUUAUCCAUUUAGUAACACAUAUCACUAUGUACAUAUUUAUGCAAUAAUGACAAAAAGGCGAAUGGGAAAAAUUUAUCAAUAUAUUUAAUCAAAAGCUUCCUAAAUAAAAAUUCUUGAAUAUGCAAGAUGUAGAUAAUUUUGAAAAUGCUAUGACUUGUAUUUUUAGUAUGACUUGAUGAUUUAAUGUUUAGUUUAAGUUAAAUUAUUAAAGUAUCAAUAUACUUUCUUAUAUAUAUGGUUGAAAGGAGAUUAUAUAUAAUCUUAUAAUCUUUAAUAAUUUAUCAAAAAACUAUAACGUAAUUGAACAUUGAAAAAAAAUUUGUUUCUUUAGAACUAUUGAUCACAGUAAUUAUAACAAUUCUAUUAUAAUGAAAUAAUAAUCCUAUUGCAAUUACCAACUGUAUAAUUAUCUAGAAAACUGUAUGUACUCGUUUAUCAGCUUUUAAAAGUUUGUUCUUAAUAGUAAGUUUGUACUAUUAAUACAAUUAUAACAUUUUCCAUUAUUCGUUGAUAUUUAUUUUCAUAAAUUAUAUAAAUUUUUUUUAUAAAAAAAUCAAUGAACCAUAUUAAAAAACAGUUUGAAAUAAAUAAAACGUAAA